AGAAGAGAAGGCGGCCUCGUGCGAUUGUCUACCCAUUUAAUCUGAGAAAAUGGAGACUGAGCAGCCUGAAGAAACCUUCCCCAAUAUUGAAACCAAUGGUGAAUUUGGUAAGCGCCCUGCUGAAGAUAUGGAGGAGGAGCAGGCCUUUAAAAGAUCUAGAAACACUGACGAGAUGGUUGAACUGCGCAUUUUGCUUCAAAGCAAGAAUGCUGGAGCAGUGAUUGGGAAAGGAGGCAAAAAUAUUAAAGCACUUCGUACAGACUACAAUGCCAGUGUUUCAGUCCCAGACAGCAGUGGCCCCGAGCGCAUAUUGAGUAUCAGUGCAGAUAUUGAAACAAUUGGAGAAAUUCUGAAGAAAAUCAUCCCUACCUUGGAAGAGGGCCUGCAGUUGCCAUCACCCACUGCAACCAGCCAUCUCCCGCUCGAAUCUGAUGCUGUGGAAUGCUUAAAUUACCAACACUAUAAAGGAAGCGACUUUGACUGCGAGUUAAGACUGUUGAUUCACCAGAGUCUGGCAGGAGGAAUUAUUGGGGUCAAAGGUGCUAAAAUCAAAGAACUUCGAGAGAACACUCAGACAACUAUCAAGCUUUUCCAGGAAUGCUGUCCUCAUUCCACGGAUAGAGUUGUUCUUAUUGGUGGAAAGCCUGAUAGGGUUGUGGAGUGCAUCAAGAUCAUACUGGAUCUUAUAUCUGAGUCUCCUAUCAAAGGACGUGCACAACCCUAUGAUUCCAAUUUCUAUGAUGAAACCUAUGACUAUGGUGGUUUCACAAUGAUGUUUGAUGAUCGACGAGGGCGCCCAGUAGGAUUUCCCAUGCGGGGUAGAGGAGGCUUUGAUAGAAUGCCUCCAGGUCGUGGCGGUCGUCCUAUGCCCCCAUCUAGAAGAGAUUAUGAUGACAUUAGCCCUCGCAGAGGACCCCCACCACCUCCACCUGGACGUGGUGGCAGGGGUGGUAGCAGAGCUCGAAAUCUUCCUCUUCCUCCACCACCACCACCUAGAGGAGGAGAUCUUAUGGCUUAUGACAGAAGAGGAAGACCUGGUGACCGUUAUGAUGGCAUGGUUGGUUUUAGUGCUGAUGAGACUUGGGACUCUGCAAUAGAUACAUGGAGUCCUUCCGAAUGGCAGAUGGCUUAUGAACCACAGGGUGGUUCUGGAUAUGAUUAUUCCUAUGCAGGGGGCCGUGGCUCUUACGGUGAUCUUGGUGGACCUAUUAUUACAACACAAGUAACUAUUCCCAAAGAUUUGGCUGGAUCUAUUAUUGGCAAAGGUGGGCAGCGAAUCAAACAAAUACGCCAUGAAUCUGGAGCAUCAAUCAAAAUUGAUGAGCCUUUGGAAGGAUCUGAGGAUCGAAUUAUUACCAUUACAGGAACACAGGACCAGAUACAGAAUGCACAGUAUUUACUGCAAAACAGUGUGAAGCAGUAUGCAGAUGUUGAAGGAUUCUAAUGCAAGAUAUUUUUUUCUUUUUUAUAGUGUGAAGCAGUAUUCUGGAAAGUUUUUCUAAGACUAGUGAAGAACUGAAGGAGUCCUGCAUCUUUUUUUUUUAUCUGCUUCUGUUUAAAAAAGCCAACAUUCCUCUGCUUCAUAGGUGUUCUGCAUUUGAGGUGUAGUGAAAUCUUUG